GUGUUGUGCUAAUGUGUUUGAUGUUGAAUAUAUUAUCAUAGCUUAAGUAUAUAUGAAAACGCUCUAGGAUACGUUUGAUAUACACUUUAUUCACAUUAAGAAAGAUUAUGUGACAGAUGCAUUAGAACGCGCUGUCUUUUAAGAUGUCUGAUCGUAUAUUUGAUGAUAGAAAGUAUGCAAUAUUUUGCAAGAGCGUUAUUGACAGAGAGACGUGUUCGUUAUAUGACCAAUACUUUGGUAAUCGGAACGGUCGAUUCGGUAGGCCUAUAUGUGAUAAAAAUACCGGAGUGUUACCGCGUGACAUAUUUUGCAAAGCAAAGGGAUCAAGAGAAAUUUACGAGGGGAUGAGAUGUGCUAUGUAUGGACAUGAAGAAAACUAUAACAUUACAAGAAGAGAUGGUUCUUAUAUACGAGAGCUAGAGCGUAUUUCAUCAAGUCUGCUCAAACUUUUAAGUGAGGCGAGACAGAAAUCAUUAAAGACUUUGUUGCAGGAGAAAGCCUCUAGUGAUGCUUGGCAACGGUCUCCAUUGCACGAAGACAGACCAAUACCAGCGGUUUUUCCUCAAGAAUAUCGUCAAAAGAUUAUUAAUAAACAAUGUACAUCCCAUUCUGGCGGUGAUUAUGCAAGGAAAAUGCAUAUACAACAGGAACAAAUACCAUUGAGAACCACAAGACUAAUAGCAGAGAAUGACACUUCACAGAUGCUCAUAUCAACGUCUUCCGUUGACAGUCACGAGACAUCUGAAAUACAAGGAAAGGCAUGUAGAAAGGAGUUUAAAAAAUCUAAAACUAUUUUACCCGAAACAAGUACGAGACAGAAAAAGACAACACAUAAUCUAAUUGAAAUGAGAAGAAGAAAUUUUAUCAAUAACAGGAUAAUAGAGUUACGGAACCUACUUCCUGACCACAUUGAUCGUGCAUCAUGUAAAAAGAAAGGUUCCAUUUUGAAGGAGUCAAUUGAGUACAUAAAACAACUGAGACAAGACCAGGAGCGUAUAAAAUGUUUACAUGAUCGGAUAUGUGAAACUGAGAUCACAAUAAGUCAGUUGGCGGAUAAAUUGGAGCAACUUGAGUCACAAAUAUCGAACAAUAAUACUACAAGAAAUGAUGACACCGACAUGAUGAUGUCGGGGGCAUCAGAACAGUCUGAAAACGUUAAAGUAUAUGCCGAAGAUGACAGCGUGAGUGGACAGGAAUCAUACUCGUCGCCUGAAUCACCGCGAUCUGAAAUACCGCAAAUCGAACAAGUUGGGCAUGAAUUGAAUCAAAUAUGGGUUGACCUAUCAACAGCAGUGGCAUCUGAUUCAACAAUGUCUUACCCAUUUUGUUCAGAGAUCGACAAUGGUGCAAUGGAUUACUGCCAAUUGGCUUAGCAAUGAUUCAGCCUGAAAUAACAAAUUCAUACACUUAAACCAGAAAAAUAAAACUCAAUCCAAAUUGUGUACUUCAAUUCUUGGUUUGUUAAAAUGUUACUUUUUAAAUAUUUCACUGAUGAUCAUGAUUUUUUGAUUAUUGGACAAAUGUUUUUGUUCCAAAUUAAAUUAAAUAGAUUGCAUACUGUGCAACAUUUUCUGAAAUAUUUAUUUGAAUUGAAACCAAAUGUACAGAAUAAUAAAAGUUUAGCGUG